UUUCUGCCGAAUUUUAAGAAGCGCAAAAUUCAAAACACUUGUUUUACUUAUCGCCUUGCAGCAUUUGAUUUACUUCAGUUUUAGUUAUAUUAUUCAUGUGUAACAAAAAGCAUUUUUUUUUUGUUUUAGUUGUGCGGUGAACUUUUCAAAUUUAUGGUCAUAUAAACGUCAUUGUAUUAAACCCUAUCGUCCUCGGAUAAAGGAUGUUGUCAAGUCACCAAAUAUACGAAGACUCCAAGGAAAAUAUAAAUGCUAAUCUUCAUGGGAAACUUAAUAUUCAACAUUCUCAUACCAGGCUGAAAAGUCAAAGUCUAAAGAAUUUUAAAGAUUCUACAAACAUUAAUCAAAUCAAGAAAAUUGCUUCUGAUUCAUCAUGCGAUGAAAAAUUUGCCUUCAAAAAAGAUAUUUUAUUAAAAAAGGAAACAGUAGAAAAUGAAGAAAACCACAGUGAUGUUUCAGACAUUGAAGAAAUGCAUAUUUAUGAAGAACAAGAAGAUAAUUAUGAAGACAUAAUUUCAAAAGAAGACAGACUUAAUCAAUCGGACAUAGACUAUUUCUUUCUGGCAUGCUCCAAUUCAACAUUCAACUACUGUGAAGAGCCUGAAGAUAGAUUACCAUCACCUAUUUAUAUAUUUGAAGAACUUACUGACAGUUCAGAUAUGAAUGAUUCUGGUGUAGACAGUAAGCUGUACGAAGACACUGCUCUUAUUCCAAUAGAAGAACCAUUAGAGAUUUCAAUUUGAUUUUUAAAUUUUGAAUGUUGUGUAUAAAUAUUACUCUCAAAUUUUUAAUGGCAUUUUAGAUGUUUUGUAAAAGUUCUAAAUUAAAAUUGAAAAUAAUGUUUCAUUCAAAAAAGUGUUUAUAAAGCUAUAUGGUUAUGUAAAUUACAGAA